AUCAUAACACCACCGCCAUGCCUUUCGCAUUCGACCAGUGCCCUGAGCGGCCGGAGUCGAUGGAUCAAAUCCUCAAUGGACUGGACCGCUACAACCCAGAGACAACGACAGUCUUCCAAGAAUACGUCGCGCAACAGUGCGAAAACCAGACAUACGACUGCUACGCAAACUUGGCAUUAUUGAAACUAUACCAAUUCAACCCACACCUCUCGCACGCCGAAACCACAACCAACAUCCUCGUAAAAUCCCUCACCGUCUUCCCAUCCCCAGACUUCUCCCUCGCCCUAGCCCUCCUACCCCCCUACACCCUGCAAACCACAACCGACAAACAACCCUCGGGCUCCCUAACCGAAGCAGUCCAACACCUCUCCAAACUCCACGACCAACUCAACAACGCGCAAUACCGAGAUUUCUGGGACACGUUCGAAUCCGACGAUUUGUACUCAGAUCUGUGCGCCGAUGUGGUGGGAUUCGAGGAUACGAUGAGGAUCCGCAUCGCGGUGGUGGUGAGUCAAUGCAUGCAGCAGGUGGGACGAGAGGUGUUGGAGGGCUGGUUGAACGUCAGUGGAGCGAAGUUUGAGAAUUUCGUCCAGGAGGUUUGUGGGUGGUAUAUUGAAGGGGAUCAGGUGAAGGUGCCGUUGAACAAGGAGAAUGAGGCGAGGAGUGUGGUGCAGAGGGAGACGGUGAAUUUUGGACAGUUUGGGAGGAUGGUGAAGAGGGCGUAUGAGCAGCCUGCUUGAUUCGGUCUCUUUCACCGGGAUGUCAAGGAGAUGCAUUUUUUGCUAGCGUGGCGUUUUAUGGGUAUCGGAGGAUGGGGCAAAAAGCGCCACCAGAGGUUUGGCGUGGCCAUGAAUGAGCGAUGGGGCUUGAUACCCGCUCUUAUGUACUUGCAUGAAUGAGCUAUGCUGGAAUGAAAACUCGUCGAAACCGUAAAUGACAUCUCUGCUUUCAUUAACGCCUUCUCGUACUUGCAUUGCCAGCACAGCGUCUUCCAGCCAAACGUUCAGCUAGCGAAUGCUCUGCGUUUCCGAAGCACUGCCUUAUUUCUGCUCCGCCAACUCCUCCCAUUGCACACCAACCCACUCCUCCACAUACCCGACCUCCCCAUCUUUAACACCCUUCUGCUGACAAUCCUUACUACAAACGCCAAACAAAAUCGUGCCCCAAUCCAUCCCAUCCAAUCCCUCCUCUUCAGCCUCCAACUCCGUAAUCGCAUGCGGAGUCAACUGCAUCUCAAACACUCUCUCAGCACCACAAUUCUUGCACGCAGGAAUCUUACCGGCGGCAAUCGUCUUGACCUUCUCAUUUGCGUGUGUCGGAUCAAGAAGUUUGCCCACAGCAUCAGAUCUGCUGUAGAGAAGUGGGUGACCGGCAUAUUCGUACCGUAAGAUCUGCUCGGGGUUUUGAGAGAGUCGGUCCGCGAAUUUUUGGAAUGUUUUGUCCAUGCUGCUCUCGAAGAGUUCUUGGUUGCUUGCACUACUACUUCCGUCUGCGUCGUCGUCGACUCGGAUGUUUUGCGUUGAUUGUGCAGGUGAAGGGGGCUCGGGGUCGAUGUAUUCUUUGUC